AGCCUUGACCUUUGGUGUUGACAGAGGACGACGGGGUCCUCUCCGUUAUCGUUAUCUGUGUCUAUUUGAGAUAUAAAACGGCAGGAUAUACGUACAACUACACCAGGCUUAGGCCUGUUGAAGAAGGUGGCACUAUGAGUGCAUAUAUUCCUCCAUCUGAGGAGGAUUCAUCUGGAGAUGAAGUUGAAGGUUCAUCUAUUCGGAGGCGCCAUGUGUGGAACAGAAAUGCUCGUUCUGUGGAACCACCUAGAGAUGAUGCAAUUUAUUACCCUCAAGAUGACACAUUUGGACUGUUUGACCAGGGCAGAGAUUACGAACCUUUGAACAUCACACAUAAAUAUACAGAUGAGGAGAAGAAAACUCUCGGGACAUAUGAUAGUCAUGAUUAUCUCCCUUCAAACAGUGAAGUGUACAGGAAGUGGCUGAAACGCCAGGGGCCAUCUAGUUAUAACUUAGGUCGGUGGAUCAUCAUGGGAUUGAUUGGUUUCUUUGUUGGUCUCAUUGGCUUUUUGUUGCAUGACCUAAUAGAGGAGAUCGCCAAGAUGAAAUGGGAAAUAGCCCAGAAAUUCAUUAAGGAUCGAGAUUUCGGUGUGGCGUGUGUUUUCGCUACCGGCUACAGCCUCAUCUUCAUUCUUUUCAGUGCAUUUAUUGUGGUAUUUCUACGACCCAGUGCUGGUGGCUCAGGUAUCCCAGAAGUCACCGGUUUCCUGAAUGGUACUCAAAUUCGGCACAUAUUCAACGUGAAGACGCUACUAGUGAAGUUCUUUUCCUGUGUGGCAGCUGUAGGGUGUGGCUUACCUGUGGGCCCAGAAGGGCCUAUGAUUCACAUGGGGGCUUUGGUAGGAGCUGGUUUGAGUCAGUUCAGAUCGGAGACGUUGAGGAUCAACCUCCCAUUUUUCCAGCGAUACAGAACUUCUGAGGAUAGGAGAAACUUUAUAUCUGCCGGUGCAGCAGCGGGAGUGGCCUCCGCAUUCGGUGCUCCUGUCGGAGGUCUGUUGUUUUCAAUGGAAGAGGUCUCCUCCUUCUGGACCAUCACACUGUCAUGGCAAAUCUUCUUUUGUUGUAUGGUGUCUGCCUUCACCACAGAUCUAUUUAAUUCUGCUUUUGAUGGAUUCUCCUACACUGGAAACUUCGGGCAGUUUAAAACUCAGCGGUACAUCCUCUUUAAUAUUGACAAGGGAAUAGACGUCAACAUCCUCAUGUUCAUACCGACAGUUAUCAUAGGGGUCAUUGGCGGCCUGUUGGGAGCCAUCUUUACGAUCCUAAACCUUAAAAUGACCAGAGGCAGGAAAAAACUACUGUCCGCAAUCUCUGAACAUACCAUACUACAGAAACUCCUUCGGAUAUUUGAGCCUGCCCUAAUUAUGAUCAUAAUUACAAUCUUGGCGGUGUUUUUACCUGCGGUCUUUCCCUGUAGUAAGUUUACCUGUAAAGAAGGUGCCACAGGUGACGCAAGUGUCAACUGUUUGAACGACACGAGGAACCCGCUACAUGUUGAGAACACUGUGGUGAAGUACACAUGUUUUGAGGGACAGGUUUGGAAGGAUGACCAAUACACAUGGAAAACCAACGGCACCUACAACGAAAUGGCUACCUUGAUGUUUGGCACACUAGAAAACGCGGUAAAACAUCUGUUUUCCCGUGACACACAUCUCCAGUUCGGAUUUGCCUCGCUUCUUUCCACUCUUGUGAUAUAUUUUAUCAUGAUUUGCUGGGCGACCGGGACAUCUGUAUCGUGUGGGGCUCUGGUUCCGAUGCUGCUGGUGGGCGGGCUGUAUGGCCGUGUGAUUGGAAUACUCAUGACGACCAUGUUUGGCGUUCAUAGUGGAGAGAAUCUUUCUUAUUGGGCGUGGAUGGACCCUGGUGUUUUCGCACUGAUUGGCGCGGCCUCUUUUUUCGGUGGAGUAACUAGGUUGAAUCUAGCAGUCACUGUGAUAAUGAUGGAGCUGACAAAUGAUGUACAGGUACUUUUGCCAGUCAUGGUAUCUGUGAUGAUAUCAAAGUGGGUUGGAGAUUUCUUCACACAUCCGGUGUACCAUGCCCUGAUGGAACUUAAAUGUAUUCCAUUUCUGGACCCUGAACCUCGUGUCACCAUCGAAAAGAACCGACUAAAUCUCGAACUUUACAUGGCUCGCCAUGUCAUGUCGUCGCCGGUGACUAGCAUCCGUACGAAAGGCUGUGUGCAAGACCUUGCCAAGCUCCUUCUGGAAACCAACCAUGGAGGAUUCCCGGUAGUAAAGAUGCUCGAAAGUGGGGAUGAAGUAUUUCAGGGAAUGAUAACCAGGCUUGAGUUGUCUGUCCUGCUUACACAUGAUGAGCUUUUUGAGUCGGAUGGAUCACAAGAAGAUUCUGGAGACUCUGGAAGUAAUGAGCCAGACCCAACAUGGAUAGAGUAUGAACAGAUGAAUAUUUUGAAACUGAAAAAUCCCCAAGAAAUUAGUCGCACAUUACAAAACUAUGUGAAGAAUCAGAUGUAUCAAAGAAAGUAUUUGAAUUUGAAACAAUACAUCAAUCAAUCAGCAUUGUCCAUCCCAGAGAAGUUCUCUUUACAAAGGACCUAUAUCAUCUUCCGCACCCUUGGGCUGCGUCACAUGGCGGUUGUGGACACCGCCAAUAAGGUGCUGGGUAUCAUCACCAGAAAAGAUUUGAUGGGUUUCAACAUUGUUGAGAAAGUAUCCGCUCUGCACGAUGCAAGGUUAGAAAUGCAAAGCAUGGCUACUGCAAACCAGAACUCAUUCGCAUAGCAAUAUAUAUAUAUUUUUGAUUUAAAAUAUUUAUUUUCCAAGGUUUUGAAAAGACAGUUAAAUUACCAAAUGUUGUUGAGAAAUCUCAUCAUGAUUUUACGAAUGCUACAUCUGUUUGAUUUUGUGAAUGCAUUACAGUAAUACUGAAAAACAAGUGUAAAUGCCAGUCGAAAAGAGGAAUGUUAGUUGAAUUUUAAUUGUAUAUGUUAUUUUAGGUGAUACGGCUGUAAUACCAAAAUUUUUCAAAUAUUGAAUUAAGAUAUAUAUAGAUCACAACAAUUACACAAUGCAAAUAGUUGUAUAUAGAUAUAAGAAUCAUAAUGUUGAGUACUUAUUCACAAAUCUAUUGGUUUUACAUCUAUAUUCCGGUAUCAAAUACCAUAUAAAAUACCUAUAGUUUGUGUAUGUAAGGGGAGGUAACCAUGUAAACCUUGAAUGGAACAGACUAAUCUGUUUCUAUGUAGUACUGCCAUACUCACAAUUGAUUUAAAAAACAUUUGUUUAUUUGUUUUGUGAUUUGAUUCCUAUAGGGGUUUUUGAAAAGACAACUCACUCAUGUUGCUAAAUACUUUCUAUCUAAAAAAAAAAAAUGUAGAAUGUAGUGCUAUAUAAGGAGAUAUUCAAAAUAGACCGAAGAAAAUAGAACACCUCUAUAGUCUCCAUGCCUUGCUGGUAUGGAGGUACAAAGGGUAUCAUAUGAUACACCCUUAAGAAUGGUUGCUUCAUCAGUCGUCAGAUUUUAAGUGAUUUCACUCGGAUAUAGUGCAUAAUCAUAUUGUUGGUAAUCUUUUAAGACUUCCAGAAUUUUUGUUUAAAUUAUGAAGUGUGCUACAAAUGUUGUAUAAUGAUUCUACAAUAUCUAUAUAUAUAUAGAUGGUGUUAAAUUAUUUUAUCGAGGGAUUCCUUAUAGCAUAUACAUUAAAUAUAUAUUUAAAUGGUUGUUGUAUGAAAGGCACUCGGGUAAUUUGGUUUGUAGUGCCGAUAUCUUCAGUAUUACAAACGGAAAUUCGGUGUUGUAAGGCUCAAAAACGAUACUUCAAGUUAUUUGAUCAGUUCAAGUAGGAUUGUUAUUGUUGGGACCAAAUUUUCACUUCGUAUUAUCCAAGUUUUUCGAAUUUUCGGAAUUCAAGUCUUCCGAUUUUUUUUAAAAGGAUAAACAGCGAAUUCGGUCAGAACUGACAAAGUACUUCGAGUUAAGCGGGGUAUUCCAGUUUUCAGAGUUCUAGUUAACUAAGUUCCACUGUAUAUUUAGCACCUUUGAAUGUGAAUCAGGAUCAUCUAAUGCGACCAUACAACUGUCUUAUCAGUGAUGUCAAGGGGCCAAAUUAUUCCCAGAAGGGAUGUUUUGAUAAUCAAAAUAUGAACAAACGUGAAAUACAAAGUCAAAUAUAGAGAGGGAAAGUGCAAUAGUCCAAUGAUUUAGAACUGUUUUGAUAUGAAAUUAUAUUAAAAAAGACCAGAUUACACUAUUAAAGGAAAUUACAUGUAAUGUGCAUGGUACCAUAUUUAUUCUCAAAUGAGUCCCCUUCCCUAGUGUAAAAAUUUAGUACUGUAUUUAUCUUCAAAUAAGCCCCCUCUCCUAG